CAACGGCAAACGCAAAGCGAAACAAAAACCUCUGUCUCAAAAAAAAAAGAAUAGACACACGUUCUCUCUCCAUCAUUCUCCUCUCUCCUUUAUUUCCUCUCGCAUCCUUUGUUCUUCUUUCAUCUGGUUGGGUCGACAGAGAGGGGGAGCAAGGAAAGGAGGAGAGAUAAGGAAGCAACAGCAGCAGCAGCAGGAGGCAGGAGUGAGUGAGUGAUGAGCGCCGAGCUGCGCGAGCAAUAAAUAGAAAUUAAGGUUCGAGCUAGCCGCCUCCAUGGCUGCGUUUGCAGGCGCUCUAGAAUUCCUCCCCGGCACCAGCAGCAGCAGCCACCCAUCCUUCUCCCUCCUCCAAUCCUUCUUUAUAUAGCCACAAACUUCACUCCCCUCACCACCCCCAAAAGGCACCUCUCACUUACCCCACCCCACUCCCUCCUCCCAAGCUCUCCUCCUCUCGGAGCUAGCUAGAGAGAUAUAUAGAGAGCAAUUAACCAAGAUCGCAAGGAGAACAUAAUUAGAGGCAGGCCAGGACAGGAUCGAGCUUCUACCUAUCCUCUCAGCCUCAGCAAAGGCAAAGAAGAUCAGGCCAAGGAGAUAAGGAUUAAGCGAGAGCGAGGCGAGGCUUCUUGAUGGGUGUUGGCUGCCGUGGAUGGCAGGGUUCUCUCUGAGGGGAGGCGGCGGCGGAGGCGGAGGAGGAGCUAGCCGGCCCGGCAGCGACCGCGGCGGCGAUCACCACCAUCCAAUCGGAGCCGACAGCCUGUUUCUGUACGCGCGCGGGGCGGCCGCCGCGGCCGCCGACACGGCGGCCGGCGGCGGCGGUGGCGGGGGCGGGAUAGGGUUCCAGCUAUGGCACCCGCACCACCAGGCGCAAGCCGUGCCGCACACCUCGCAGUUCUUCUCCUCCGCCUCCGGCGGCGGCGUGGCCACGGGCGUCGUGCUCGGCUUCUCCCCCCACGACGCCCACGCCCAUGCCGCAGGCGGCGUGGGCGCGGGCGGGGGCAGGGCCGGGACGAGCUGCCAGGACUGCGGCAACAACGCCAAGAAGGACUGCACGCACCAGCGCUGCCGGACAUGCUGCCGCAGCCGCGGCUUCAGCUGCCCCACCCAUGUCAAGUCCACCUGGGUCCCCGCCUCCAAGCGCCGCGAGCGCCAGCAGCAGCUCGCCGCCCUCUUCCGCGGCGCCGCUGCCGCUAACAACAACAGCUCCGCUGCCGCGGCAGCCGCCGUCGCUGCCGCGGCAAACAAGCGCCCCCGCUCCCUCGGCCGCUUGCCCUCCGCCUCCACCGCCAUCGUCGACACCACCACCUCCUCCGGGGAGGGGGAGGGGAGGUUCCCGGCGGAGCUGAGCCUGGAGGCGGUGUUCAGGUGCGUGAGGAUCGGGGCGGUGGACGAGCCGGAGGCGGAGCUGGCGUACCAGACGGCGGUGAGCAUCGGGGGGCACACGUUCAAGGGGAUCCUCAGGGACCACGGCCCGGCGGCGGAGGACCAGGAGCAGCUCCAGGCCGGGGAGUACGGCCACCACCAGCACCAGCUGACCGGGAGGGACGAGGGGUCCUCGCCGGCCGGGAGCAGCGAGGCGCACGGGGGCGGCGGCGCGUCCACGGCGGCGACAUCCGCGGCGGUGCUCAUGGACCCUUACCCGACGCCCAUCGGGGCCUUCGCCGCAGGCACCCAGUUCUUCCCUCAUAACCCUAGAACCUAGCUUCAAUUCCUUCCAUGAAAUCCUUGCUUCCAUCCUAGCAAUGUCGUUUCAUUUACUCUCAAGUCUCAAAGCUAGACGACGGCGAUCAUCAUCCAAGCCGUACGUCGUGCGUGAUUGAUCGAGCUAGCAAACAAUAUGCAAGAGUGGGACACGAAGAAGAAGAUCGAUGAUGAGGAGGAGAUCUGUUCUCCUAUCGAUCGAUCGCUUGUUAGCUAGAGAUAGCUACUACUACUUGUGAUCCAUCCAUGCACAUCUUAAUUUUCAGUCGAUUAAUUAUUAGUAAUGACCUUAAUAUAUGCAUUGGUGCAAUUAAAGAGAGAAAAUUAAGUGUAUCGCUUAAUUAUUGACUUUCCUUUGAAAAUGUUUACCCCCUUUGGCAUUC